UGGAUUGUUGGGAUGGACCAGACAACCAACCUGUCAUCUAUCACGGCAAGACAAUUACGUCGAAAAUAAAGUUUCUGGAUGUCAUUAAAGCAAUCAAAGAGAAUGCUUUUGUAGCUAGCAAGUGAGUUGGUCUUCAUUGACGUUCACUGGAUAAGAGUUGGCAAGCGAGAGUUUGCAUGAGAGUUUUCUCAAACUCUCAUUCUCAUUUGACUACUUUGUUCGAAGCCUCUUCAAAACGAUCCAGUUAAUACUCGAUUGUAGUGGUGCCGUUGUAUUGCUCCCUGGCUCUAGAAAGCUUGCUUACACGAAAGGGCAUUCAUGUCUUUAAAUUAUGCAAUUAUGUAUGUAUUUUUUAAACAAAUGGCCUCAAAAUUUGGUUUUGAAAUGUUUUGUUGUUUGUAGGUAUCCACUAAUUCUCUCCAUCGAAAACCACUGCAGUAUUCCCCAGCAAAGAGUGAUGGCACAAAACUUUUGCGAUAUUUUUGGAGGUGAGCUUGACCUCGGUCUCGAUAAUUCUUUAUACCACAAUCUUGGCAUUAUCCAUUAAUUGCUUAUUAUAUAUUUUCUCUUGUAUAAUAUUUUAGAUUAUCUCCUGACAUCUCCACUAGACCUAAUGGAGACUAGCUUGCCCUCGCCGGAAGACUUAGUGUAUAAAAUUAUUAUAAAGGUAAAAUGGCUUUACUAUAUAGGCUAUAGAGCCUUAGAGGUUUUUUACUAUAUAUAGACAAAUUUUAAAACUAGGCAAGGAGAUGCAAAUAAAUCACCAUAUGUAGCUAGAAAGAGCAUGCUAAUAUGAGUAGAAUUGCAAAGUUUGAUUGCAAAAUGUUGUAAAAUGCAGAAAAUAUAGCCUUGCAAAGUUUGCAAAUUUUGUAUACUUUUGUAUUGCGUGCGGAAAUCGCUACCAUUUUCGGCCCAAAUGUGGUAGUAAUUUCCGCAAGGCUAUAUUUUCCGCAUUUUACAACAUUUCGCAACCAAACUUUGCAAUUUUACUAAUUUCAGUAUGCUCUUUCCGGGAAUGUACUUUUUUUUUAGAAGAUAAAAAAGUCUAUAAUGGGAAUUGUCUAUUACGAGAUGAGGCUAUACUGUGCCUGUGGACUUCAGAAUAUAUGCCCCGCUUACAAUGGCUGUUCUGUUUUUUCUUUAGUAUAAAAAACUUGCCGCUGCCCCUAAUGACAAAGGUAUGAUGGAUUAUUUGGAAAGAUAAAUUACUGUAUACGAGAUUUCGUUCAGUUUCAUUUGCAAAAUGAAGUUCUUUUCAAAGAUUAUUUCACACGAAAUAUCUAUUUCUGCAACCUUGCAACCCAGUGUCCAGAGACAUGUUGUGCAAAACGUAUAUUCACAGUACAAUUGAGAACUUGACCCGAAUUUUACUUCGCCAACCACCGAAUGGAAACUAUCAGAAAAAUGAAAAGCAGUCGUUCUUAUAGAACUUCUGUGGAUGUGAAUAUCGUUUUUGAUUUCCACCGCGAGGAGGUUGUGUUUUCAUUCGUCUGUUUGUCUGUCUGUCUGUUUGUCUGCACGAUAACUUACCGUCUCAUCAGGACUGCCAAUUAGCCUCUCUCACGAAGGCCAAAAUCCGCCAUUUUGGGGGCACUGUCUGCCCGCGUAAAAGAUUCUAGACAAUUCAAACAACGUGAAAAGCGGCCGUUAGAAAAGCUAAUUCCGUGGCCUUUCCAUGGCUGUCGUUUCUUAUGCGUUUCUCAUCUGUUUCUAAAAUUGUGGUUUGUGACUUUGCCAUGAUGCAGCGAGGAACCGCGGUGGAGGCAGUAACCAGACCACGGAUUAUUUGUUUUGACCCAGUCCUCUAUCUGCAUCCUUUUGACAUUUUUGAAGAAAUUGUAAAUGUAUUUGUAACUGCAGGUACAGACGAUGUUCUUAGUGAAACUUGCAUGGACGGAAUUCUCUAUUUGGAAGAUGAAUAUGACAAGGUUUGGUGUAUUUAAAGUUAAGUUGUUUAUGCCCAUAUCCCCAGUAAUAUAACUUCAAUGGUAUACAAAUAAUGAAUGUUUAUGAGUGCAAUGGUAAGAAUAUUUUGAUGAGGUGAAAGAUGGAAUGUUCCAUUCAAGGAGGCGACAGCCGAGUUGAAUGGAACAUUCCAUCUUUCACCUCAUGAAAAUAUUCUUACCAUAUUGCACGAAUAAACAUUCAUUAUUUGUUUUAUAUAAUACCAAAAUAGACUAAUAGAUUCGUAUGAGAAGCAUUUUGACGGAUGCGAUUUAUCGAAAACACAAAGAGUGCAAUGGAAUAAAACGUAUUCCAUUGCACUCUUGGGAAAUGGAAUUUUCUAUUCAAUAUCACGUGACCAUAAACAGCCAAUUAAACGAUCAGAAUUCAAUAAGGUAUUAUAUCUACUCUAAGAGUACUAAUACUAUAAUAAUAGUAGAAAUUAUAUUUCUCUUCCUGGUAGCAAAAUCCAAAGAUAAAAAUUUUCUGUAUACGUCGAAUACAAAACUUUCUGCAUAUGUAACAGUAGCGAACUACAACUAGUCUACCCAGCCUUGGAAGAUAUUUUGUUAAAAAAGUUCCUGGCAGCCGUGCUGCUAGGACAUUUUCCAGCACUGGAUAGAGCUGUGACACUACAACAUGUUUCAACUUCUCAGAUAUGGAGACCGCAUUUCUUCGUGCUCAGCAACAACAGACUGGACUGGACGGCGGAACAAACAGAUUCUGAGGAUAAAGAAGACGAUGAAGAUCAAUCUGAAGAAGAGCAAUCUGAAGACGAAGAGGUAAAACGUACAGGCCAUGAUAUAGCCAGAUUUACAAUACGAAAUUAGUUUUCUGAAGUGCACUCUUCCUGUGAAUUAGACUUGCCCCAAGUGGCUUCAUUCUUGAUAGGAAUGUAUCCAGUUUGUUAAUCGAUCAAAAUUUUGUUGAAACUGACCUCAAAACAGACUGGAUAGAGGAUAUGAAAACUGAAGCCAAUCCGAGAGAGACUUGAAAUCUUGGAGGAACUUGUAAACAAGUUGUGAUUGACAACCUUGUAACAACUUGAUAAAAUGACGACAUUGUUGCAACUUGUUGACAAGCUUGCUAUAAGCCUGCUGCGAACACAUCUUGUUGACAAGUUGUGAGAUUUUUGCGUGUGUAGUUGUCGUAAUUUCGUAAAUUGGAUGUAUGAAAGGUAGGAGUGCAAUUAAGUUUUUCAUAUAUAAUGAAGAACAGUGGGAUUUUCAAAACAAUGAAAAGACAUGUACAAGCAAUCUGGAAAUGUUCUGGAAACCGAGGCUGAUGUUCAGUUGACUGUUAACUCUAUUUUUCUUUUCGUUGUAGUCGCCAAACGAAGAGCUUCACUUUUCUGAACCGUAAGUUGUUUUCCCCCUACAAAGCGUAGGUAUCACGAAUUUAAGACAUGAUUAUUUUUCUAGAUAUUUACAGUAAACUGUAAAACAUGGAUUGAAUAUUUCUUUCCGUUUUCUAGUUGGUUUCACCGUGGGAUAGACGGAGUGGCGGCAACAAAACUACUCCAACAUUACAACAAAGGAAAUGGUUCAUUUCUUGUGCGAGAGUCGUCUAGAGCUGGAGGUUAUAGUAUCUCAUUCUGGUGAGUAAACGUUCAAUAAUUAUCCUCAGGCAGGGGUUGAAAUGGGCGAGCGCCAGGUCGCCAAAUUCGACAGCAUUUUUCAUCUGGCGACCAGAUGUUUGCCUAAGGUAGCUCUCGGUGCGACUGAUAAAGUAUUUCACUCUGCCUCAUUAAAAUUAAAAUUGAAUUGAUAAAUCAUUCUAUCCACGGAUCAAGUAAACAUUUAAUCGAUAAAUAAAGUGAUUUAUUAGUAUCAAUAACUCGAUCAGUCGAUCCUUGGUGGAUUACUGUAUUUUUAAAGUAUCAACGAGUAUUUCUAUUUUCCCAGGCGCAAUGGUGUAGCACAACAUUGUCGCAUCAAGACGAAACAAGUUGAAGGAGAAACAACAUUUUCACUUGGCGAGAACGACAGUUUCGUAAACCUGUACAGUCUGGUGGACUUUUAUAAAUUACAUCCUCUGAGAACGCCGCAGUUUGAAAUCACUUUGACUGAAGCCAUUUCCCAGGUUUGUUGAAAAGAAUACUCAAGGUCAAUUUAUACUUCGAAGAGUUAGAAUCCCGUAACUGGUGUAGUGUCCUGUUUCACUACAGGAGGAAAUCCAAUGAGAUCAGUGAGGAAACCUAAACUAAACAAACCUUUUCUUCUGGACAUCUUUAUCAGUCUAAGUGUUCUUCGUUCAGACCCAGUAAGGCCCAUACCUUAUUAGUCUAGCGUUACUUGAAGGGGGAACCUAAACUAAACUAACUUUAUUUGUACUGGAUAGCUAUAUCAUUGUUCCAUGUAGAGGUCUAGUAAGGGCCUUAUUUGUCCAAUGACAUCUUAGGCAAAAAGUUAGGUAAAAAGUAAGAGUUCCAGGAGCAAAAGGUGGUCAUAUGAUGGCAAUCUAAAUCAUCCCCUCCCCCUCCAAUAUUUCGCGUGUCCGAAAGGCACAUACAAUAUAAAUUGUCCCAUGCAGAUAUACUUACAUGAGAUGUAUUUUCUAUUUUCAGCCAAACGCCCAUUUGGACAAAGAGUAAGUUAAACUAGGGAUAUUCUCGUUGUGUAAAAUGGACUACAAAACAAUGGGCAAUUGCUAAGAGGUAAUUGGCUUAACUUUAAAUAUUUUAGGUGGUUUCACGUGUCACUGACCCGCGAUGUGGCUGAGAAUAUGUUGAUGCGGGCACCUCAUGAUGGCUCAUUUCUCGUUCGAAAGAAAGAAACUACUGAGAAGAACCAGGAGGCAUUUGCCAUCUCGUUUAAGUAUGUAUAA